AUGCAAAAUUAAAUAUUAACAAAUAGAUCAAUAGUCAAACAGGACAGGAUCUCCAAAAUUUUAUCAAAUUAUAAGACUGAAAUUGAUAAACACAGUUAGUAAAGCUUUAGAAUGCUUAGUUAGAAAAUAAAACGAAAAGUACAAACAAUAGGUAUGAUAAGAUAGGAAAUCAAAUUAGUGAUAACUAAGCAAAAUAUCCCAUUCCAAAAAAUAAAACAGAGGUAUCCAGAUUCUUUAGUGAUCAUUCUAAAGGCCAAUUCCAAAUUAGUGUUAAAGAUCUACUCUUACAUAAAAGUCAAAUCUAAAAAAUAUAAUCAAAAAAACCCAAAGAUGACAAAUAUAUAGUUCCCCGGAUAAACAAAAUUCAAAAUGAUGUCUUUAAAAAUUAUCUUGCUCAAAGAAAUUGUAAUGGUUCUAAAACUCAUAGAGACUCAAGUAUUAUCAGUGUCUCUACAUAGGAGAUUUAGAGGUCCGAAUCAAAAUGAGUGACAAAAGUACACAUUCUCAAUAAGCCCUCUUGCAAACACUCAUCAACAAGAGUUAUGAAAAUAAAUUCAACGAACCUAGAGAUUCCCCAGAAUUAUGUUAUGCUUCCUAACAUAUAUUUAAAAUGCUUUAAUAAUCAAUAAAUGGAUAAAGUAGUGUCCUUCUUCGUUCUGGCAGUUAAGGGAAUGUUGCAAAUACUUCAUCUUCCAAUUAUAAAACUGCAGAUCCAAAAUUUAAUAAAAUUAAAACAUUUCUAGAAUAAACAAAAACAUUUCAUAGUACUACUGACCCAUACAAAUUAGCAACAGAUUAAGAAUUUAUAUUAGCAAGAUCAAAGUUUGUUAAAGUGAAUUAAAGUAAAAUUUAAUCUCUUUUAUAAAUUACAAAUAAAAUCAAAAAUACCAUGGAUGUUUUGAAUCAAAUACUAAUUAAAUAAGAAAAAUCAUCAUCUAUAAUAUCAAAUCUCAUAUCUUAUGAAUGUAAUUAUAUUUAUUAUAAUUAAGUGUCAUCUAGAGAUAGUAUCGAGUCAAUCUUAACUUUAGAAUGA